AUCAUCAAGACUUGAACAGUAGAAGGCCUCUAGUUGGUCCAAGUAGGUAAGCCACAGCCUCUUGAAGCAGGCUUGCAGCUUCCCAGUGGACGCUUUUAUUCGCAUUUGCCUAUAUUCUGUGAAAAAUAGAAGGAAUACAAACAGAUCACCCAAAUUUUCAAAAUGUUUGCCAAAAGGCAAAGUGAUGCCACCGGUGAGUCCGACUCAGACCGCGAAUUCAAGGAUGGCGCCAUGGUGAAAAGAAAGUCCCGUGGCAGUUAUGAGGAUCCAGCGAACACCAAACUCGAAAUGCCACUAUCAGUAAAAGCAGUCAUCAAUAAGAUUGAGCAGGCGCAGCUCCUUCGGGCCAAAGAGGCUAUUCUUUCCCGGCUGAUCGAAAUAAUGAGCAAAGUGGAGCUGAUAAUGACGCGCUAUGCCAUUGACAGCACCUCUCCUGGGAAGAGAGGCUCCAUCUCAGAGAGCCAGAGAAAGAAGAGAAAGGUGUUCUUAGAGAAGAUAGCUGGGCACGUUAAGAGUAUUGAUAUCAGAGAAAAGCUUCUCACCAAACUUCUGUCCUGGCUAGAAGAAUGGAAUUUUGUGCUGUCGGAGGUGGCCGAGAUUGAUGUUGAUGAAUACCUCCACUGGAUUGCGCAGAUGGAGCUGCUGCCCGAGAUGCUGAAGGAGAUGGACGGCAGUAUCAAUACUCUCUGUCAGAUCACCACAUUGCUCUUAGAAGAAAAGAAGAGACAAAAGAAAAAGUUAGUGACUAGAGGCACUCUCUGGAAAGCUUGGAAGGAGCGAGUUGUAAAGCGGCCUGCCGCGGCCCACGCUUUAAGGCCAGACCAGAUGAUCUGCGACCAACUCGCAUUAAGUACCAAGGUUUCCGAAAUUCAAGACAUGCUCCAGGAACUCAUCAGCUCAGCCAUGUUAAGCAAACUGGAAAACAAUGCCAUUAAAUACAUAUCAGCAACUAUUCUGAACCUUUCCAAAGCCUUGAGUAUGGUCAGUGACGAGCUGAAACUCAUGACCCUUCAAGCUACCAGCGUGGGUGUGAAUGAAGAGAGAGAGACAGAAAAAGACUUCUUGAAGAGAGUCAUCCAAGAUCUCAGUAAAGAAAACGAAAUGCUUCACCAGAAACUUAGAGAUUCUGAAGAAAAGUGUGACCAGCUUAUUCGAAUAAAAAAUUUUCUAGGACGCCAGCUAUUGGUCCCAACUACGCCGAGCUUGAGAAUGUUAGUUCUAGGGUCUCCACAGGCAUCUGUGAGCAAAGAGGUCGAUUCAGGGGAGAUUGACAGUCUCUUAAACAAAGAGCUCGAAAAGAUUAUAGAUGAGUCCCAAACGAAGGGUGUCAGAGCCACCGCAAUAAAGUGGGACUCGAGUAUGACAUAUGUCGCCCAAGGUGAAAUGGCUGUAGAUGUGGCUAAGCAGCAAGCUGAAGAUAAGGCCGACCAGGAUCAGAAAAAGCAGCAUCCCCCAGUCCCACUGCCAGCCGAGACCUCGGACGCAAACCUGGAGAAGGAGGAAAAGAAAGUCAUGGAGAUAGCAUCUAGUCAGUUCUCUGAUCUACAAGCCCUGGACAUGAAGAGAAAAGAUGGGAAAUCCUUUUUAGAAGGCAAACCACAGGGCCAGGAGGUCAAAAGUGGAGCGAGUAGCCUGUGGGAACGAUUCAAGAAGGGCAGGUCGGAGCACUCACUUGGGAAAAGCCCAGCUUCAUCAGAGGUUAAAAUGGUACCCCCCGUUAAGCCAAUGGACAAAGAAUCCAAGACUGAAGCAGAACAAACCAAGGCAAGCCAGCCUGAGAGUACCCCAGAGCCACCCAAAAUAGAAACCAAGGGGAAAAAACCCUUACCAGGAAAAACUGAAGAAAUGCCAGGCACCACAAAACAGCAACAAAGUAAAUUACAAUCCAAGACGCCUAAGCAGACUCCAGCAACUCCUGAUGCCAGAAGUGAACAAAAUACCCUAGAAUCAUUUCAAAAAGCCAUAUUGGCUUUCCUACGAGAGAAAACGAAUAAUGUAGGAAAGGCUUUUGAUCCAAAGAGUAUACAGGAGGAGGAGAAAUCACUAGAAAGAGCAGAAGUUGAAAAAUUAUAUCUCAUAAAGGCAAAAACAGAAGAAUAUGUCCAAAAAGUGGCUGAAACCGUGACUAGAACCUUGAGGGCGUACAAAGAGUCAAGAAAAAAACAGCUGAGAGAGAAACUGAGCAAACCACAAAAGGCGACUCCUGCUUUACCGCAGCCAUUUGCUGGGCAGGGCUUCAUCAGUGCCAAGUCCGACCUCGUCAGCUUCCUCUUAAGCGAGAUGACAGACCCAGUGGUCAGGGCGCUAACACAAACCAUCUUAGAUGAACUGGACAGCGAGAAAGACGGCGUGACCGUCUCCGCAGCAGCCCAAGACCACAAGGACAAGAGGCAAGAGUGGCAGAGGUGGGAAGAGGAGGCCUGGAAGGAAGAGCAAAGACUUCCGAAACAGGCCGAGCCAAAGCACAGGGCCAGGGAGAAGGCAGCAGAGCAGGAAGAGUGGAGACCGGCGGCGGCGGCAGCCAUGACCCCCGACAUGAGCAGGGCUCAGGACCUGAGGGAGAGGGAGGACGUGGACAAGGAGAAGCCGAAGGGGGUGAGAGAUGCAGAAGAAGGCCCGAGGCCGAAAGGGAGCAAAUCAAAGCUGCCGCCCAAGGGUGACUCAAAGUCUAAAGACCUAUUCAAAACCUUCACCCAGAGCGCAAUGGUCUUAACGCCCAGGUGGAUGAAAAGCCUGAAACUUCAGACGAGCCAAGUACAGUUAUUCCAAGUGGAUCCGAGAGCCAUGGAGAGCCCGGAAGAUAAGCAGCCCUUCUCCCCCAGGACCCUCCUGGUUUCUGCCAAGCCCCUCCCAGUGCCCGCCCCUGAGCAGGCCCAGAUAGUGGAUUCUAAGAUAUCUCAGAUUUCAAGGGCAUCUUUCAUCCCUGAGCGGGAACAGGUUUGGGGUGGUCCUCCUAGUCACGAACCCAUGAAAGAAGUGCAGAUCCCUCCUCCCACAGCCAAGCAGGAACAAGAGCUGGGCACUCAGCUGAUGGCCCCUAGGAUCCUUCAGCAGACGCUGACUCCAGCCGGGGCUUACAUAUCGGAAAUCCAAACCGCUGAACAAGUGCCAACAUCUGGGGUCACAGUGACCCAAAGAGCAGUUCUACCUCUCCAGCAGAUCCAAGGAAAAGACAUUACUCUCACCUUGAAGCAGGCCCUGGAUCAAGGCAUUGCCCCCACCCCUGAGCCAGCCAAAGAACCAAGGAUCACAUUAACCCCUCAGCAGGCCCAGGCCCUGGGCAUCGUUCUUACCCCUGAGCAAGCCAAAGCCCAGACAAUCAGUCUGACCCCUCAACAGGCCCAGGCCCUAGCGCUCACUCUCACUCCUGAGCAGACCAAGGAACAGGAGAUCAGCCUGACCCCUCCACAAGCCCAGAGGCUGGGGAUAACACUCACCUCUGAGCAGGCCCAGGCCCUGGGGCUCACUCUCACCCCUGAGCAGACCAAGGCACAGAGGGUCAGUCUGAGUCCUCAACAGGCCCAGGUCCUGGGAGUCUCUCUCACCCCUCAGCAGGCCCAGGCACAAAGGAUUAAUCUCACCCCUGAGCAGGCCCAGGCCCUGGGGAUAGAUACCACCCCUCAGCUGGCCCUAGCACAGACAAGCAUUUUUACCUCUCAGCUGGCCCAAGCACAGCAGAUCACCAUCACCCCAGAGGAGGCCGAGGACCUGGGGAUUGCUCUCACCCCUCAGCAGGUCAAGGUUCAGGGGAUCAGUCUGACUCCCCAGCAAGGCCAGGCUCUUGGGAUGGCUCUUACCUCUGACCAGGCCAAAGCACAGGGGAUAAUUCUCACUCCUCAGCAGGCCCAGGCCCUGGGGCUCACUCUCACCCCUCAGCAGAUCAAGACUCAGAGGGUCCGUUUGACCCCUGAGCGGGCCCAGGCCCUGGGGAUAGCAAUCACCUCUGAGCAGGCCCAGGCCCUGGGGAUUACUCUCAUUCCCAAACUAGCUCAACCACAGGAGAUCAGCCUCAGUCCAGAGGAGGCCCAGGCCCUGGGGCUCACACUUACCCCACAGCAGGCCCGGAUACAGAAGAUCUUUCUCACCCCUAAGCAGGCUCAAGCUCUGGGCAUCAAUCUUACACCUGAGCAAGCCAAGACAGUGAAGAUCAGUUUGACCCCUCAGCAGGCCCAAGUCCUGGGGAUCACUCUCACCCUGGAGCAGACCAAGGCACAGAGAAUCAGUCUGACCACUGAGCAGGCCCAGGUCCUGGGGAUCACACUCUCCCUCCAACAGGCCCAGGCCCUGGGGGUAGCUCCUACCCUUAAGCAGACAGCAGCUUCGGGAAUCACUCUUAUCCCUGAGCCAGGUAAGGAAAAAGAGGUCAGCUUGACCAGGGUGCAGGCCUUGGCCCUGGAGAUCAGUCCCCCCCCUGAGCAGACCCACAACUUGGGGAUCUCUCUCAGUGCACAGCAGGCCCGGGAGCUGGGACUCACUCUUACCUCUAGGCAAGCCAAGGUACAGAGGAUAUGUCUGACUCCUGAGCAGGCACGGGCCCUGGGAGUCUCUUUCACCCCUGAGCAGGCCAAGGGAUGGAGGAUCAGUCUGACCCCUGAGCAGGCCCAGGCCCUGGGGCUCACUCUCACCACUGAGCAGGCCAAGGCACACAGAAUCAGCCUGACCCCUGGGCAGGCAGAAGCCCUCGGGAUUACUCUCACCCCUGGGCAGGCCCAGGCCCUGGGGAUUCGUUUCACUUCUUCACGGUUCCAGACACGGGGUAUUUCUCCUCUGAAGAAAUUCCAGGAGUUGGAGGCUCCUUUAACCUAUGAACAGGCUGCAGCACUAAGGGGCGGCCCUACUACAGAGCGAAUCCAAACUCUGAAAGUCCCUGUUACCCCCGAGUCUAUCCAGACACCUAAACCAGCGGUUGCCUCUAAACAGACCCAGACAAUUGAAAUCCCACUAACUCCUCAACUGUCCCCAGCAUUUGGAAUUCCACUUCCACAGGGACAGGGCAAAGCAUCGGGCAUCACUCUCAGGCCAGGGCAGACCCAGGCAUUCCAGCAAGCCCAGGCAUUGCAGCCUCCCCUCACAUCCAGGCAGGCCCCGUUGCCGGGCCAGUUUGGUCCAGGAGAGAUACAAACGCUAACGUUCACUAUAGCACUUGAGAAAGCCCAGAAUUUGGGUGUCACUUUCACCCAGGAACAAACUCAGGCAGCAUCUAUCACCCUCACCUCUGAGCAGGUGGCAGCAUUAGAAGACGCACUCACUGAAGAACUGGCCUGGACCUGGGGGCUUUUAACCGCACCGCCGGCUGCAUUGGUUCCUUCCCCUGACAGACAGCUUCCUACAUCUAUUGCAUUGCAGAAACUGAAGUCUUCUCAAGCCCCUUCCUCCCCUAGGACGAGCCUAGCAACGAGCUUUCUUCCUGACUCUGAGAAGCUUGAAGAAACACGCGUCUCUCCCACCUACAGACAGAUUCUAGCAGACAGAGGUCAAGUCACUCCCACACAGCUUCUAACACCAGAAGUCCCUUCCACUCCAGGGCUGCCCCUCGGUCACUGGCAUCCCUUCAAACCUGGGGACACCGGGUCACCUCUAAUGCCGGAAACUCGCCUCACCCACAGAAGGCCGACACCACCUCUAGGAUCUGGAGCCCCACCAACCUCUGGAGAGAUUCCAGGUCUCUUUGUUCCUGGAGGCUCUGCUGUCCCCUUCCAGCCUCCGGCCAUCCAUGGCCAAACUCCCUACAUGCAGACCUACUCUACCCCCGGACAGCCAAAGCCAUCACUGAUCAUUGCUGAGCAAGGAUUCGCUGUAAGAACUCCUGUCUCAGCAGAGGCUUUCCCAGUCCCUGGAAGACCUCAGAGAAUUUCUCCCUCUUCAGUCUCUCAGAAAAGGCCAGUAGCUGUUUCCCCUCCAAAACCUGAAUCAAUCAGAGCUCACCCGAGUGCUGCUCUGGGCUUUGAGGUCUCUCCGGCUCCCUUCCCUAUGGAGAAGAUGCAAAUGUCUAAGUUUUCUGACAUUUUCGAAGAAGCUCGGGUACUCCAAGAUUCUCCCGACAUGAGAUCACUUGGAAUGUUUCAGCCUUAUGUCACUAGUUCUAGGAUACCAAGAUCAAAGUCCCAUCACAUUGGUGAGAAAGCACCUUCCGCUCGGGAGAAAUCUAUAGCAUCACUACCAUCUCUGACCACUCAGCUCUCCCAAACACCACAGAUCACACCUUCUGACAGGGGCCAAAGACCACGGCUCCCCCCAAUAGACGAGCCCUGGAUAUUAUCCCCAGUUCCUGGCACUAGGAAAACCAAGAUGGUGGGGUCCCCCGUCACUGCCCAGCAGCAUGAAGACAGAUACUUUGUCGAUGUGGAGGCUCAAAGGAAGAACCUGGCUAUAUUAAAUCACGCUGCACAAACUGCUGGACUCCCUUCACAGUACCACACAAUUGCCAGGAAUCUCAUAAUUGAAUUACUCCACAUGAAUACAGUUCGGCUGGGGUAUCUGUCCCGCAAGUAUCUUGCCUAUAGGCUGAUCCAGCUUGCCAGAAACAACAUAAUCAAACGAUUAAGAGCCAUCCAAAAUACUGGGAAAGGGUACGAGACUCAGAACCUCUUCACCAUGCUGGACAGAAUUGAUCACUACCAGAAGAAGGUGAUGUGGUUCUGGACUGAAAAGCAGAACCAGUUAGAGCAGAGGCGGAAACACUGUCUGUGGUCCAUGAUGCAGUUCUUCACCCAGCUGGAAAGAGGGUUUAAACUAAAUCUUAGCCAGCCUGUGCCCUUGCUCUCCGACUUGAAGCAGAUUCCUGAUCUUCCCAAAUUUCAACGGCCAGUCUUGGAGUUAUUAAUUGAAGACAAAAAACCCAACAUUUUCAAAACAUUGGGAGAGCAAGCUCAGCUGGAGGCCAUCUGGAAUGCUGACCUGUCCACUUCAAGCUACCCGAUAACGGAGAAGACAUCUCUGAAUACGCUCUGGGCCCAGCUGGGUGGCUACCCAGAUAUUCCCAGACUGCUGGAGUUAGAUAUUCAGUCGACCUUCAGAAAAUCUCUUGCUUCCAUCCGGUCAAAGGCUAAGAAGAUUCCCAAGUGACUGCAGAGCUAAAGACAAGCCCGCAAUGAGCAAAGGCCUAUUUUCUCUUUUUCAUGGAUAUAAAUUGCUGUGUUUACUCUGC